CUUGACGAGUGACAAAUUUGGGGAAAAUGAUAAGAGUACUUUAUAAGUUGCGACAUGUGCACCGCUUCCUCGUAGAAACAUACUGAAAAUUCGCUUAUAUUAAACGCUUGUUGUUCUUGAACAUGCGAUCUGCCUUUGUACCAAAUUUCAAUUUCGUUCAACCGAGUUGAUCUCUGGAACAGUCCUGAAGAAGAUGGGAUUCAGGUUCUUGAUCAAUCUCAACCCCAUUCGAAAGUCCUGCACAUCAAGAAUCACAUCAUCCUCGUACCCCUAUUCCAAGAUCCUCAGAAAUUCUUGUGCUGCGUUCAAUUCUGUUUUGUAUGAUCGCCCAGCUUCUUUUUCUGAAAACCCAAAUUUCAAGAUUCACAGACGGUGGCAUCUGGGCCACACGCACCACCACGAACACCAUGAACACCGAGAUUUACAUUCGGGGAAGGAGGGCGAGAAGAUCUUUCGCCUGGGCCUGGCGGCGGAUAUUGGAUUGGCAGCCGGAAAAGCUGUUACUGGAUAUCUCUCCGGCAGCACUGCAAUAAUUGCUGAUGCCGCUCAUUCGAUUUCAGAUGUGGUACUGAGUGGGGUAGCAUUGCUGUCUUUUAAAGCUGCAAGGGCACCGAAGGAUAAAGAACAUCCAUAUGGGCAUGGCAAGUUUGAGACUUUAGGAGCCCUUGGAAUUUCUGGUGUGCUUUUGGCAACUGCUGGAGGCAUUGCCUGGCAUGCUUUAGAUGUCUUACUGGAAAUAUUGUCUGCUACUCCUGAGAUAGUCAAUCAGGCCUUGGCUCAUAACCAUGCGCACGGUCACCAGCAUAAUGGACAUCACCUUGGAAUUGACAUGGACCACCCAGUCCUAGCACUGAACAUGACUAUAAUAUCUAUUGCUGUUAAAGAAGGGCUAUACUGGAUAACACAGAGAGCAGGUGAAAAGACAGGCAGUGGCCUCAUGAAAGCCAAUGCUUGGCAUCAUCGAGCGGAUGCUAUUUCAUCAGUUGUUGCUCUUAUUGGGGUUGGUGGAUCUAUUCUUGGGGUUAGAUUCCUUGAUCCACUUGCUGGACUUCUUGUUUCUGGAAUGAUCUUAAGAGCUGGAGUUGGAAGUGGUUACCAAAGUAUCUUGGAAUUGGUGGAUGCUGCUGUUCCAUCGCAACACCUGGAACCUUAUAGACACACAAUACUGGGGGUUGACGGAGUCAAGGGUUAUAAUCACCUCAGAGGAAGGCGAGCAGGGUCCUCUCUAUAUCUAGAUGUAGAUGUUGAGGUAGAUCCUUUCUCUAGUGUUAGUGCUGCACAUGAUGUUGGGGAAAAUGUGCGCCGACAGCUUCAGCAGUCCCAUCCUGAAAUAGCAGAAGUCUUCAUACACAUAGAGCCUGCAACUUCACAUAUUUCACAAAGUGUUAUUAACCAGAAUGGAAACUGCAAAAGCUCAGAUCAUCAUUGCAGCACUGCCUCGUUAGAGCAAUCAGAUGUUGAAGAUACCGUUUCCAAAAUUUUGUCCUCCAAUUUCUCUGAUAAAAUGGUAGUCCAGCGCAUCACUCGUCACUCAUUGCAAGGGCAAAUUUUUCUUGAGAUCGAAGUUACUAUGCCCCCCGACACCUUAAUUAGGGAGGCUGUUGAGGUUGCAGAAGAGGCUGAGAAGAAGAUUUUGGAGAUAGUACCUAACCUUACACACGUCUCGAUUCAGCUGCGACUCGGCCGCCCAAUGCCUGAAGUCCAGCAACGAGUUCCCAGACAGUAGAUGAGUGUGCCACUAGCUAUUUGCCGGUCUCAGGGUAUUAGCGUUGGACACCUGUCUGACAAUAUAUACAUCGUAAUAGGACACGAAACUUAUGCAUAACACAUAUGAAGAGAGGCUUCUCCUCAGAACCACUGGUGAUUUUGCGGACAUUCUUUUUUUAUAUUUUUCCUCAUGUUUGAGGUGACAUCAAACGUCUCUUUACUGAAUAAUAUGACAAAUCUUCAAUACAUGUUU